CUCCACAGAGCCACGAACUUGUUCUUGCCUCAUCCAAGUGGCUCAGAGAGUCCACUGAGGGGGAAAGAGGCAAAGCUGGGAAAGGAGAGCAGCAGAGAAACAGGGCAGCAUCAGUCACUUUGGAGCCGCUCAGACUCAGAGUGAGCAGAGGAGGUGGGAGGUGAGCUGCAGCUGAACUCUCACAGGGCUGACUGACUGGACACCACAAACUGAUUGGUUUCAUUCCCACGAUUCUCCAGCAACAUGAGCUCCACAUCCUCCAACCUGCACAAAAAACGCCUGCCAUCGGAGACCGAGAGAGGCCAGAGGCUCCCAGAUGUGGAUGCGGCGCAGCAGCUCAAGCUGAAAGAGAGGCAGCGUUUCUUUGAGGAGGUCUUCCAGCAUGAUGUGGACGUCUACCUGUCCUCGGCACACCUGUGCAUCAGAGACUACAAGAGACCUCCCAUUGGCAGCAUCUCGUCUAUGGAGGUGAAUGUGGACUUGCUGGACCAGAUGGAGCUGAUUGACAACUCUGACCAGGAGGCUUUGGAUGUCUUCUUCAGUUCUGGAGGAGAAGACGAAGGGCUGACGUCCCCACUGCCAGUCCAACGAAACAACAACAACAACGAGGAAGUCAACAGUAAUGGACUCUUCCGACACGUCCUUGAGGGCCUUGACGCCAAGUCCCGCAUGUCCUCCACAUCUUCAAACUCCUCCUCCGAAAGCCAGACCACCAAUGCCAAUGGUGCAGAUACCCCUGUGGUCGGGUCCGAAGAUGAAGAAAUACACACCAGCACAGUGAGAAGGAGGUUCCCACCUCCAGAGAAAGAAAGGAUGUAAAGUUCGUCAUCCUACGCACCCCUCCCUUCGGCAAUGGAUCUCCUCCUGCAGGAUGGCAGCUGUCACCUCUGGUCCGGGUAAAGAGUUUACUGUGGUGCAAGACAUUCAAAGAAGCCUCUCAGUUACGACUGUCUUCCACAAACUGUCGCUUAUCUCUGCUCACAACCUUUCUUUUGAUUGAUGAGUUGUUGGUUGGGUGCUGUGUGUGAUUUGGAGGUGGAGACCAUGAACUGUAAAUAUGGAGAUUUCCUAUUAUUCUGACCGGUUUCUAUUCCUGUAAUGGCAUGUUUGAAGGACAAGACCUGCUCCUCUGUUACUUACAUCACAGGAUUUGAAUUUUGUACAGAAUUAACACAGAAUAAUAAUAUUAUCAUUGGAUGAAAAAUGAGGUGGAAAAAAAGUGCUUUAAUAUUGUAGCAGUUUUUCAGUUUUCUAGCUGUCGUCUAAGAAAAAUCUCUAACAUGGUGUCUUUGUUUUAACAAUAAAGGAAUCUUACUUCUGUGUUCCCACAAA